GUUUAUUGUUUUAACUUUUAGCUUAUCGAUUACUCGAUUAGCAUUUAGCAAACUUCGUAGUUACGUUUCGCGGAAUCGGUUCGGCGUUUCGGCCUAUACUCUCUAGAAGUCUAGACUGUAAAAUACUAAUAAUAUAAAAUGAAUGCUCCUCCAACAUUUGAAUCAUUUUUGCUGUAUGACGGAGAAAAAAAAAUAGUCAAAGAAGUGGAUACUAAAGUGACAAAUGCAGCAAUUUUUACAGUCAACAAAGAAGAUCAUACUUUGGGAAACAUGAUCAGGAACCAACUACUUAAAGACCCUAAUGUACUUUUUGCCGGAUAUAAACAACCACAUCCACUGGAACAUAAAUUUGAACUUCGCAUACAAACAACAUCUGAUUAUACACCUCAAGAUGCUUUAACUAAUUCUAUAACUGAUCUCUUGGCUGAACUUUCUUUGUUUGAAGAACGUUUCAAGGAAGCUUUGAGGGAGAAAAAAGAAGGCCUUGAUUAAUAUGAUAUAAUGAAGUAAUAUUAAUAUGUAAUUUUAAGGUGGUUAUAAUAAUUAUAAUAUUAAUAUUAAUAAAAAUAUAAAUAUGUAGUUUUGAAUUUAUUAUAAUUUCUGAUAAUUACUUCUUGUUUCUUUGACAGGUAUGUUUUUCAUGAAUACAAAUAAUUCAAAUUUAAAAUUAUAUAUGUUCAGUACUGUUAAGCAAAAUACUUUUAAAAAGUAUUGUUUAUUGUAUUUUAAAAGCAUGAUUUUUUUCAAUUAUUAAAAUGAUUAUCAGUCA